AUGCAAGUUCCUGAAAAUACAACAGUGGACACACCAUUGGCUUUUGGCGAGGACAGCCACUCAGGUGCGCGCCUCUUCAAUCGGCCCAUUCUUGAAAACAUCGACGCGCUGCCCAUCUUGGGCCUCACUCCAUCACAGCUCUGGCUUCAUCCGGCCAAAGAUAGCUCGAAGCUGGUCACAAUCGCAGCAGGGCAAAAAGCAGUGGGUAUGUAUCUACUUCACAACAACAAACAAUCGAAAGACAAGGGAUCAGGAAAGGAACCGCCCUGGACGCCGAUGAAUGGAGCCUCCACGGGCCACCACCAAGUCGAUGUCGCACCGCCGGGAUUCAAAUGA